AUGAGUCUUCACAUCGCAAUCCUGCUUGCUAUUUUACUCGGAACGUCAUUUGGUGCGCCGCUUCUAGAACGUGUCGUGUAUCCCAAGCUUCUUGAAGCAAGAGGCAUCAACGGAGAAAAAUUACUACGUAUCGAAGAUGGACUUGUACUGACCCUGGAGAAAAGUGCAGUCCUAGCCGAAGAUUUUGUCUUGGUUCAAGGCGACGGAAGAGAGCAACAUAUCAGCGGCAAGGAGCUGGAGAAGAAUCUGUACCACGACAUACAACACAUGUCAGCUCUUUCGAUAGAGGAAGUGUACGGAGGUUGGCAGGUGAGAGGAGUGCUGAACGAGCAUCUAAAGAUAGAACCUUUGCCAAUGAACACUCGUUCUGAAGAUGGAAGCAGCGCGCAUAAAGUAUCCAACAUUGAGAAGGUGGCGAAUUACGAGAACGAUUACAUCGUGGCCCCUGGUUCCGUGGUGGCCGAGAGAGCUGAAAACUUACCUGACGAAACAUUGGUCAAAAAUGUCGCUGUCGAAGUGAUGGUGAUAUCUGACCUUCAUCACCACGGUCACAGUUACUUCAAGGAGACAGAUGUGGUCAUCUACGUAGCAAUGGCUAUUAUUUCGGUAAACCGGCGAUACGCAGCGCUGGAACUUCCCAAAGUGAAGUUCGUUCUCGUCGGUGUCGUCCUGGCCAAGGACGACACCUACGUAGUUACGACAACGCGCCCAGACAGUAGGAGUCCAGGCAGUAAUGUCACGUACCUCGUCGCAGAAGAUUCGAUUUUGAGAUUACAGUGGCUAAUUCAAAAAGAUCUGCUUGUAGUUGAAGCGGACGUGCUCGUUUACGUCACAGGUUUGGACAUCGCAUCGCUGAAAAGAGGUGUACUUGAACCGAGAAUGCAUGGACUAGCCUUCGAGGAUGCUCUUUGUGGACCCAAGAGAGUCGCCGAACUUGAAGAUAUUCCCGGAUCAUUUAGGUUGAUCGACAUCAUGGCGCACGAACUGGGGCACGUAUGUGGCAGCCGCCAUGAUGGACAGUCUCCGAAUACUUGUGAUCCUGGUCAGGGAAACAUUAUGAGCCCUAUCGGACGCGGCUUGCAAAACUCCGAAUUUUCGGAAUGUUCAAAACAAGCGAUUGCAAAUUUUAUGAGAAACCUGUCGGCAGACUGCAUUGACGUUGCAUCGGAUGUGAAUCUUCUGAAGAACGCCACAAAGCUUCCAGGAAUCAAAAUUAACGCGACGGUUUUAUGCCAGAGGCUCUACCCGAAUGCAGAAUACAUUCCGCAGGACAACUCGUAUUUUCCCGAUUGUCGAGUAUAUUGCUUCGAUCCUGAGGUCAAUAACUACGUUUACGACGCCUUAAUAGAUGGAAUGAAGUGUGGAGAAGGGAAGAUAUGCCUCAAUGGGAAAUGCGUUCCUUGGCCAAAGUUAGGUGGUACCACAAGACCAGAAUAA